ACAAAGUGGCUUCCUCUCCCUAGUAGCUACCUUGUUCCUAUCAGGCUGGAGUUCAUCAAGGAUCUAAAGCUGAAACUGGAGCCCACAAGCACGCAGAAGAAGAAGAGCAACAAGAUUGGUACCCAGACUAUGCAAGGUAGAAGCGAGCAACGUUAGCCUUGCAGUAAUUUAUCACCCAGUAUGGUAACGGUGAGAGAGGUGAUGCGCAAGGGGGCAUGGACAGAGCAGGAGGACUUGCAACUGGUAUGCACUGUCCGCCUGUUCGGGGACCGUCGUUGGGAUUUCAUUGCCCAAGUCUCAGGUUUGAGGGGUUGGGGAACUGCAAAUUAGGCCUCAACAGGACAGGCAAGAGCUGCCGUCUACGGUGGGUGAACUACCUCCACCCUGGCCUCAAGCAUGGAUGCAUGUCACCGCAUGAGGAACGCCUUAUUAUCGAGCUCCAUGCUCAGUGGGGUAACAGGUGGUCUAGGAUAGCACGGAGGCUGCCAGGGCGCACAGACAAUGAGAUUAAGAACUACUGGAGGACACACAUGAGAAAGAAAGCACAGGAGAGGAAGAUGAGCAUGUCACCUUCGUACUCAUCCUCAUCCCUGACAUACCAAUCAUGCCUCCUUGACACUGCUCCAAUCAUUGGGAUGGGCAGUGGUGACACUCACAAUGGCAGUAGCUGCAUCACGAGCGCCCUCGAGAGCACCCAGAAUGUCAUGGAUGGAUACCCCAUGGAUCAGAUAUGGAGGGAGAUCGAGGCACCUGCCUUGCUGGCCAUUGAUGAAGCAAAAGAGAAAGCAUGCAGCAGUCUCCCCUGCCCUCUGCCGACAACUGCCAUGUGGGAUUGCAAAUGUCCUGAAGAAUUCUGGAAGAUGGAAGAUGAAGAAAUCAGGAUGUUGGCUCCAAAAAUUGGCUAUGGUAAAUAAGGCCCGGCCUUGUUAUUGAAGGGUGAAGCUAUAAAUCUAGAUAUAGGUCAGGUCACUAAGUUACAUAUCUACCUACCAGAUUUGCAGUACUUCCAAGCUAUGUUUGCAUUAGUAUGGAUUUCGAGACUUGAUAAUCUACUGUAACAUUGCAGGUGUGCUCAUGAUAUAUGUAUCUAUGUAGUGUGUCAAAUAGCUUGUGUCAGUUCCUUUCAUAGUGUGCAAUACAAGGGUGUUUUAUAUGCAUGAUAUAUUAAUAUAGUUGUUCAUCUCUUGUGGUACUAUU